UUUUUUUUUUUUUUUACUAUUUUUCCUCCACUUCACCAAGUUGAUACACCUUCAGUUGGUUUUAUCCACUUUUUCUUUUUUCUCCUUCUUCCUGUUUUCCCUGUAUCCAUUUACUUCCCUUCUAUAUCUAUCGACUUGGCCUUAUUUUUAUUAUUAUUAUUGUUAUUAAUAGUAAUAGUGUAUACUCCAUUUCUCAUACCAGCUGUAAAUAAAGCAUCAAGUAACAACAAUCUUCCAAACAAAGAUGGCUACACACGGCAUGAAGCUACGCUCCGCUUCAAAGGCGAAACAAAAACCAGACAUCAACGCCGACGACGAUACAACUAGUCAUACACCACAUAGUAGUCAAGACGAAGAAGAACGAUAUCCUGUCGAUACAGAAAAUAAUCAACCAAUAUCUAGUGAAUGUGAUGAACAAACUCGACGUGCAGCUAUGUCUUUAUUUUAUCAACAUGAAAAUGAAGCCAACAGUGACUCCAGUAUUGUCACCCCUAUUGACGAUCAAGAAGACAUCGUACAUGAAUCCACACCGUCUCCACCAACCACAAGUUUGGAUGAUUUUUUCCCUCCAUCACCGUAUGGUAGAGAUCGAAGACAGAUAUAUGGAGAUCGAUUCAUUCCACAACGAGAUCAUAAUCUUAGUCGCGAUUUUGAACUAAUGGAAUCAACACCUACUAGUAGUACAAGAAAUAUCACUGAACAAACGGAACAGCAAGUGCAAGAAGCUUUGGAUUCAAGAAGAAUGAUAUUUUAUAUGCGUUCAGAAAUACUCAACGAUCCUCGAGCAUAUGAAGAAUUCAUGGAAUCAGAGGAAGCAAUUGCAACAAAUGUGGUACGGACACCAAGAAGAUUAUAUCACUACACUAGUCCAAGAGCAGAACAUCGCAAUCUUUCGUACAAUCAUUAUACCGAUGACAUGAAUACUACACCGUCACGAUCAACCCAUGAUUACGAUACUGGAUUUGACGUCAGUGCUACACGAUACCGAUCUUCUCCUGUCAGUGAAACUGGAUUACGAAUACUGAAUGCGCAUCAACGACAAACUCGAUAUAUCAACCGAACAGCGAUAAAGAUCUUGGAUGCACCAGAUUUACAAGAUGAUUUUUAUUUGAACCUAGUGGAUUGGGGACCUGAUGAUUGUCUUGCUGUAGGACUUGGAACAUGUGUAUAUCUAUGGGAUGCUAAUACAAGUCGUGUGACGAAAUUAUGCGAUUUUAUGACGGAACAAGUGACAUCGGUUAGCUGGGCACAACGAGGCAAACAUUUAGCAAUCGGUACCAAUAGGGCCAAGCUGUGUCUAUGGGAUAUUAACGAAAGCAAACAAGUACGAACAUGGCAGAAUCAUCAAUCACGACUGGGGGCACUGGCAUGGAAUAUGAAUAUUAUUACUUCAGGUGGACGGGAUCAUCACAUCUUUCAUCAUGACGUUCGUUCACAAGCUGCGUAUUUUCGAGAUAUGCAUGCACAUCGUCAAGAAGUAUGUGGUCUCAAAUGGAGUCCGGAUGGCACUAUGCUUGCUUCAGGUGGCAACGACAAUAAACUGAUGGUAUGGAACUCUCAUGAAGACCUUUUGAUCAAUAGAUUUGGACAACAUCGAGCAGCAGUCAAGGCUAUCGCGUGGUGUCCAUAUGAUAGAAGUAUGCUAGUCAGUGGUGGUGGAACAGCGGAUAAAACGAUCAAAUUCUGGAAUGCCCAUCGUGGUGUAAUGCUUGACUCCUAUGAUACUGGGUCUCAAGUCUGCAACAUUGCCUGGUCAAAAAGGUCAAAGGAGCUAGUUUCCACCCAUGGAUUUGCCAACCACCAUGUCCAGUCAUCCAACCAAGUGGUAGUAUGGAACGCCAAAUCUAUGAACCGUGUUGCCACUCUGACUGGACAUACCAAGCGUGUUCUAUUCAUGGCGAUGAAUGGGAGUGGUAGCACAGUAGCGACUGGGGCAGCGGAUGAAACUUUACGCUUUUGGGAUGUUUUCCAGACUAUUGAUGAAAACAAAAAGGAAGUCAAACGUACCAGUGUCUUGCGAUAGUUAGUGAUAGCUUUAUCUUAUUUUUUUUUUUUUUUUGAA